GUGAACUAAUAAAAUAUGUUAAAUUAACACCGUCUCUUAUAUCAAUAAUGCUAUCACUUCAAUAAUUUUUUAUCAAAGAUUGUCAUCGAUUGUUGUUACUAUAAGCUGAUAAUGCUCUUGUGUUUGUGAUCAGCGGUGCUAACAAGAAAAAUUGUAGAGGAGUGAUUAAAUUUACGUUUUUGCCCUUCAGUCUUGUUUACUCUCAUAACUUAUUCGUCUGUUAUCUCUAUAAAUAUAUAAUGAAUUAAUUAUUAUUAUUCAUAUUAUUGAAUCACUUAGCUAUUGUGUUAUUUGUGCUCGCUCGAUUAAUUAGAAAAAUCUGAUUACAUAGAUAUCGAGUUCAGCGGUCUACGCCGCAUUUAUAACAUUUGCCUUAUCUUCGAAACUAUUGUUGUCGUUCACUGGAAUUUGAAGUAGCUUACGGACAUCUCUUUUAUACUCACCGUAGCAAUAGAGCUAUGAGUGGCCAGCAAGUGGCCGAUGGUGGCGGAGGUGCUGGUAGUACCAGUAGUAGUAGUGCAAGCGGCGAUCAUAGUCCUGCAGAAUGUAAAUCUCCAUUAUCCAUUGCAAAACAACAUAGCUAUGAACAAAUAGAUCAUGCUCAUUUUUUAGCGAGCGAUAUUGGUACUCUAUAUCUUAAUGACAGAUUUUCUGAUGUGGUUUUACUUGUAAAUGGUGAAAGGUUUCAUGCUCAUAGAGUUGUAUUGGCUUCACGAAGUGAUUACUUUAGAGCUCUUUUAUAUGGUGGCCUCAAAGAAUCUCACCAAUCAGAAGUAGAAAUAAGUGAAGCAUCUGUUAACUCAUUCAAAAAACUUCUUGAAUACAUUUAUUCGGGUCGAAUGAAUUUAAGUAUAUUAAAGGACGAAGUGAUACUAGAAAUAUUUAGUCUUUCAAAUUUGUUUGGUUUCACAAAUCUAGAGCUUUCUCUGUCUAAGUAUUUACGUAGCAAUAUAAAUGUACAUAAUGUUUGCUCUAUGUUUGCAGCUGCUCGUCUUUAUCAACAUAAAGAAUUAGUUUUGGAAUCACUUAUUUUUAUUGAUAAUCAUGCUCAUGAUGUGUUGCAAUCUGAAGCUUUUCUUUCACUAUCCCCUGAAGCUUUACAAGAAAUCCUUAAUCGUGAUUCAUUAUAUGCUUAUGAGUUAGAUAUAUUUCGUGCAGUUUGUCGUUGGAUUAAAGCAAAUCAAGAUGAUGAAUAUCCUGAAGCUAAAAUUAAAGUUUUAUCUGCUGUAAGAUACCCAUUAAUGAGUCUUGAUGAACUGCUUUCUGUUGUUAGAGAGUCUCAGCUUGUUAGUUCAGAUAAUAUUUUGGAUGCCAUUCAAUUAAGAAAUACUUUACCAUCACAUAAACUCAAAUUUCGAGGACAACUAAAACCAAAUUUGAAUAUUGCUCAUCCUUCACAAGGAACUCAAGUAAUGCAAGGGGAAAUGCGAUCUGCUCUUUUAGAGUCAGAUACUAACGUACACGAUCAUGAAAGAGGCUGUACUAGACAUUUAAUUAAUGAAACUGAUAGUGGAAUUAUGAUAAAAUUGGGCCAUCCUUCUAUAAUUAAUUAUAUUAAAAUGCAAUUAUGGGAUAAAGAUUUAAGAUCAUAUUCUUACUACAUCGAGGUUUCAAUGGACCAACAUGACUGGGUUCGAGUUAUUGAUUAUUCAAAUUAUUAUUGUCGAUCAACUCAAAGGUUGUGGAUUCAACCUCGAGUAGUUAGAUAUAUUCGCAUUGUUGGUACUAACAACACUGUGAAUAAAACUUUUCAUGUUGUAUCAAUGGAAGUUAUGUAUAAUACAGAAGAAAUGCAAUUAGUAGAAAUUGAAAAAGGACUUGUAGCUCCAAAAUAUAAUGUUGCCACCAUGUCGAUGAAUGCAAUUGUCAUUGAUGGAGUAAGUCGUAGUCGGAAUUCACUUUUGGAUGGUAAUUACAAAGAUUAUGACUGGGAUUGUGGUUAUACUUGUCAUCAAUUAGGAUCAGGAUGUAUAUUGGUUCAACUUGGACAACCAUAUAUGCUUAAUUCAAUUAGAAUGUUGCUUUGGGAUUGUGAUGACAGAUAUUAUAGUUAUUAUAUUGAAGUAUCUGUAAAUAUGUGGGACUGGGAAUUAAUUGUCGAUAAGUCUAAAGAAUUAGUAAGAUCAUGGCAAGUGUUGCAAUUUAAACCUAGACCAAUUGUAUUUAUUCGAAUUACUGGUGUUUAUAAUUCAGCAAAUGAAGUUUUUCAUUGUGUACAUUUAGAGGCACCUGCUCAGGUACCAUUAGAGUUAGAUGUUUUGGAGGUUGAAAAAGCUGUUGAAAAUUUACAAAUCACAAAAAAAUUGGAAAAUAAUGACUCAGAAGACCCAGUAUUAGAAACAUCUGCUGAUGCUCCAGUUAUUUAAAUUGGACAUUAAGAUCAUAAUUCACUGUUCCUUAAGUUAAUAGACUGAUAUUUAUGUCAAAUGUUAUGAAAAUGUUAUUACAUUACCCAUGCAUUACAUACUCCUUAAUUUUAUCAUGGAUGUGUAUUUUUAUAGAAUGCUAUUUGUUAAUUACACUUUGUAAUUUUUUAUUGCAAUUGUAUUUCCCUAACUUCUCUGUUAUUUUUACUUUUGUUUUUUUCACUUCAUAAUAUUUUAAUCAAAAUUGUUGCAUAUAGUUUUAUUUAUUAUUAAAAUUAUGAAUAUAAUUUUAUAUUUAUACUGAAAUCUUUGUUCAUAUGUGUUAUUUAAUUUUAUUUUUAUUUAUAAAAUUUGUUAAGCUAAGGUUAUAGA